AUAGUCCUCGCGCGAGCGGGACACUGUGGUGGAUGCAAUUCCGCUCGCCUCCAGCCUGCAGGAGCUCCCCGCCACCGCAGGCAGCGUCCUCCUCCGAAGCAGCUGCUCUAGCACCUGGGCAGCCUGGACCCUCGUGCCCUGCCCGCGGGACCUCACGCGGGGGGCGCCCCGGGACACCCCCUGCGGGCCGGGUGGAGGAGGAAGAGGAGGAGGAAGAAGACGUGGGCAAGGACCUCCACUGUAUCCAAAACACCUACCUGCGCUGCUGCCACUUAUUUUUAAGGAGGAGGAGAAGAGAGCCAGGGAGAGCCAUGGGGGGCUGCGAAGUCCGGGAAUUUCUUUUGCAAUUUGGUUUCUUCUUGCCUCUGCUGACAGCUUGGCCAGGCGACUGCAGUCACGUCUCCAACAACCAAGGCCGGGGGAGCGCAGGGCUCCGCCGAGCUCUGCAGCGCUCCGGGCUCUGUGCCUGCCCUCCGCGCCCGCCUAGGCCGCGGGAUGAGGUCGUGGGGACCGCGGACGCCGAGACCCCUUCACCCGGCCCCGGGGCGGGGACCGUGGAGUCCCACCAAGUAGACACACCGCGUCUUCUGACAGACCGAGCGCUGGGAGGAAGCGGGUGCCGCGAGGGGGCGGCUGGCGCGGGGAGAGCCGUCCGCCCACAGCGCACUCGGCACUGCUUGGCUGUGGCCACGCGCCACUCGCCCCUUCGCCUGCUCGGAGCUCGCGGCCCGACGCCACCACGCCGCGGGCGCUCAGGGUCCACAGAAUCCCAGAACCACGGCUGCGACAAUGCUCGUGACCUCCACCGCGAAGUCACCGCCACAUGGCGACGCGAAGACCUUGGCGAACCCGGCAGCGGAGACGGCCACAGGGCUGAGGCGCUCGCCUUGGUGGGCAAGUUUGGGCGACCCGCGCUGCGGAUCGGCCGGGCUGACCGCCGCCGCCAAGCUCUCCCCGGGACGGGAGCGCGGUCCGCAGCACUCGCCCCCUCCAGCGGCGGAAAUGUGGAUAAAGCGGCCUCAGAGAUGCCGGGAAAGCGGCUGUCACCGCCCGGGCGCGACGCGGACGCGGCCGAACCGGAGGUGUCCGCGGUGCGAGCCCCCGCCAACGCCACUCAGUGGGAUGCCAUCACGGAAAUGGAUGAACACAAUAGGCCCAUUCAUACGUACCAGGUAUGUAAUGUGAUGGAACCAAACCAAAACAACUGGCUUCGGACAAACUGGAUCUCCCGUGAUGCAGCUCAGAAAAUUUAUGUGGAAAUGAAGUUCACACUGAGGGAUUGUAACAGCAUCCCAUGGGUCUUGGGGACUUGCAAAGAAACAUUUAAUCUGUAUUAUAUGGAAUCAGAUGAAUCCCAUGGAAUUAAAUUCAAGCCAAGCCAAUAUACAAAGAUUGAUACAAUUGCUGCUGAUGAGAGUUUUACCCAGAUGGAUUUGGGUGAUCGCAUCCUCAAACUCAACACUGAAAUUCGUGAGGUGGGGCCUAUAGAAAGAAAAGGAUUUUACCUGGCUUUUCAAGACAUUGGGGCAUGCAUUGCCCUGGUUUCAGUCAGAGUUUUCUACAAAAAGUGCCCCUUCACUGUUCGGAACUUGGCCAUGUUUCCUGAUACCAUCCCGAGGGUUGAUUCUUCCUCUUUGGUUGAAGUACGGGGCUCUUGUGUGAAGAGUGCGGAAGAGCGUGACACUCCUAAACUGUAUUGUGGGGCUGAUGGAGAUUGGCUGGUUCCUCUUGGAAGGUGCAUCUGCAGCACAGGAUAUGAAGAAGUUGAGGGUUCUUGCCAUGCUUGCAGACCAGGAUUCUAUAAAGCAUUUGCUGGGAACACAAAGUGUUCUAAAUGCCCUCCACACAGUUUGACUUACAUGGAAGCAACCUCUGUCUGUCAGUGUGAAAAGGGUUACUUCCGAGCCGAAAAAGACCCACCUUCUAUGGCAUGUACCAGGCCACCUUCAGCUCCUAGGAAUGUGGUUUUUAACAUCAAUGAAACAGCCCUUAUAUUGGAAUGGAGCCCACCAAGUGACACAGGAGGGAGAAAAGAUCUCACAUACAGUGUAAUCUGUAAGAAAUGUGGCUUAGACACCAGCCAGUGUGAGGACUGUGGUGGAGGACUCCGCUUCAUCCCAAGACAUACUGGCCUGAUCAACAAUUCCGUGAUAGUGCUUGACUUUGUGUCUCACGUGAAUUACACCUUUGAAAUAGAAGCCAUGAAUGGAGUUUCUGAGUUGAGUUUUUCUCCCAAGCCAUUCACAGCUAUCACAGUGACCACGGAUCAAGAUGCACCAUCCCUGAUAGGUAUGGUAAGGAAGGACUGGGCAUCCCAAAAUAGCAUUGCCCUAUCAUGGCAAGCACCUGCUUUUUCCAAUGGAGCCAUUCUGGACUACGAGAUCAAGUACUAUGAGAAAGAGCAUGAGCAGCUCACCUAUUCCUCCACGAGGUCCAAGGCCCCCAGUGUCAUCAUCACAGGUCUCAAGCCAGCCACCAAGUACGUAUUUCAUAUCCGAGUGAGGACUGCAACAGGAUACAGUGGCUACAGUCAGAAAUUUGAAUUUGAAACAGGAGACGAAAUUUCUUUUUACCUUUUCAAAAGGUGUCAAUGGUACAUAAAGGCCAAAAUGAAGUCAGAAGAGAAGAGAAGAAACCAGUUACAGAAUGGGCAUCUGCGCUUCCCAGGAAUUAAAACUUACAUUGAUCCAGAUACAUACGAAGACCCAUCCCUAGCAGUCCAUGAAUUUGCCAAGGAGAUUGAUCCCUCAAGAAUUCGCAUUGAGAGAGUCAUUGGGGCAGGUGAAUUUGGAGAAGUGUGCAGUGGGCGUUUGAAGACACCAGGGAAAAGAGAGAUCCCAGUUGCCAUUAAAACUUUGAAAGGUGGCCACAUGGAUCGGCAAAGAAGAGAUUUUCUAAGAGAAGCUAGUAUCAUGGGUCAGUUUGACCACCCAAAUAUCAUUCGCCUAGAAGGCGUUGUCACAAAAAGAUCCUUCCCGGCCAUUGGGGUGGAGGCGUUUUGCCCCAGCUUCCUGAGGGCGGGGUUUUUAAAUAGCAUCCAGGCCCCGCAUCCAGUGCCAGGGGGAGGAUCUCUGCCCCCCAGGAUUCCUGCUGGCAGACCAGUAAUGAUUGUGGUAGAAUAUAUGGAGAAUGGAUCCCUAGACUCCUUUUUGCGGAAACACGAUGGCCACUUCACAGUCAUCCAGUUGGUCGGGAUGCUCCGCGGCAUCGCGUCGGGCAUGAAGUAUCUUUCUGAUAUGGGCUACGUCCAUCGGGACCUUGCGGCUCGGAAUAUACUGGUCAAUAGCAACUUAGUGUGCAAAGUUUCUGAUUUCGGUCUCUCUCGAGUGCUGGAAGAUGACCCAGAAGCUGCUUAUACAACAACUGGUGGGAAAAUUCCCAUAAGGUGGACAGCCCCGGAAGCUAUUGCCUACAGAAAAUUCUCCUCGGCAAGUGAUGCAUGGAGCUAUGGCAUUGUCAUGUGGGAGGUCAUGUCCUAUGGAGAGAGACCUUACUGGGAAAUGUCUAACCAAGAUGUCAUUCUGUCCAUUGAAGAAGGGUACAGACUUCCAGCUCCCAUGGGCUGUCCAGCAUCUCUACACCAACUAAUGCUCCAUUGCUGGCAGAAGGAGAGAAAUCACAGACCAAAAUUUACCGACAUUGUCAGCUUCCUUGACAAACUCAUCCGCAAUCCCAGUGCCCUUCACACCCUGGUGGAGGACAUUCUUGUAAUGCCAGAGUCUCCUGGUGAAGUUCCCGAAUAUCCUUUGUUUGUCACAGUUGGUGACUGGCUGGAUUCUAUAAAGAUGGGGCAAUAUAAGAAUAACUUCAUGGCAGCAGGGUUUACAACUUUUGACGUAAUUUCAAGAAUGAGCAUUGAUGACAUUAGAAGAAUUGGAGUCAUACUCAUUGGACACCAGAGACGAAUAGUCAGCAGUAUACAGACUUUACGUUUACACAUGAUGCACAUACAGGAGAAAGGAUUUCACGUAUGAAAGUACUACAAGCACCUCUGUUUUGUGCCUCAGCAUUUCUAAAACAAAAGAUAUGCUUUCUACUACCCUCUCUUAUGAUUCUCCAAACAUCACUUCACAAACUGCAGUCUUCUGUUCAGACUAUAGGCACACACCUUAUGUUUAUGCUUCCAGCCUGGAUUUUAAAAUCAUGCUACAUAAGUCCUCUCUGAAUAACCUGCAGAUAAAACCCUGGCCCCCUGCAGAUUACCACUACAUAAUG